GCGCGGAGCAGAUGCUGCAGUGAGAUGCCAGAGCGGCUCCCCUUCCUCUGUGCCUUGGGUGCCUAUAAAUUGCUCCGGCGCGCGUUUGUCAGCCUCCUCUUCUCCUGGCAGGUGGUACCCGGGCAGGAUUCUGCGUUCAGUCUCUCUCGCGCUCCGCUCCCGGCCGCCAGGCGCUCGCCGCUGCUCACUGGCUCCUCCGCUCCAGCCCCGAGCCUCGCCGCGCUGACCGUGCCCGCCGCCGCCGCCGCCGCUCCGCGCACCCGGGGGGCGGCCGGCCCGAGCUCGCGGGGGGCGGGGGGGGUGCGCCUCUCUUAGGGUUGCCGUGGCGGUGGCGAAGGAGGGGGAGACAGGCAGCGGAAGGGCGAACCGAGCCAGCGAGAGAAGCCGAGGAGGAGGCAGAAAAAGGCAACUUCAGACGGAAAGUUGGUGCGAACUGGCGCAGUCGGCAAAAACGGAAAAGUCGAUCGCAGGCAGCGGCCGCAUAAAAGUGUGAGCGGCCCCGGGCGGCGCGAGAGGCGGCGGCUGGCUCUGCCCUCCGGGUGGCCGCGCCGGCGCCCGAGGCGCAGCCACAGGUGCCAAGGGGCUCGCGGGAGGCGAGAGGGCGCCCUGCGCGCCCCUCCCCCAGCCCCCACCCCCCAGCCCGGGACUUCAGCUCAAGUCGCCUGGCGUCCGAGCUCCCUCCCCAGCCGCAGCCUCAGCAGGGGGAGCGGGAGCAGGAGCAGGAGCAGGCGGGGAGCGGCCGGCGCGCGCCCGCCCAGGGGAGUUGGGGUUCGCAGGGGGUUGUUUUCGGCUCUGAGGAGGUCCCCGCCCAACCUUCAAAAUUUUGUCCAAAAGCAGACAAGAGGAUCGCCCCGCGCUGAGCCGGCUGGUGGGCAGCAGGAGGCGCCUGAUCGCCGCCGGGGCGCUGGGGGUGGUGAUGGUGCUGCUGCUGGUUAUCCUCAUCCCGGUGCUGGUGAGCUCGGCCGGCACGUCGGCUCACUACGAGAUGCUGGGCACCUGCCGCAUGGUCUGCGACCCCUACGGGGGCACCAAGGCGCCCAGCACGGCCGCCACGCCCGACCGCGGCCUCAUGCAGUCCCUGCCCACCUUCAUCCAGGGCCCCAAAGGCGAGGCCGGCAGGCCGGGGAAGGCGGGCCCGCGCGGGCCCCCCGGUGAGCCCGGGCCGCCGGGUCCCGUGGGCCCUCCGGGCGAGAAGGGCGAGCCCGGCCGCCAAGGCCUGCCGGGCCCGCCCGGGGCGCCCGGCCUGAACGCGGCCGGGGCCAUCAGCGCCGCCACCUACAGCACGGUGCCCAAGAUCGCCUUCUACGCCGGCCUCAAGCGGCAGCACGAAGGCUACGAGGUGCUCAAGUUCGACGACGUGGUCACCAACCUCGGUAACCACUACGAUCCCACCACGGGCAAGUUCACCUGCUCUAUCCCGGGCAUCUACUUCUUCACCUACCACGUCCUGAUGCGCGGAGGGGACGGCACCAGCAUGUGGGCUGAUCUCUGCAAGAACAACCAGGUGCGUGCCAGUGCCAUUGCCCAAGACGCCGAUCAGAAUUAUGAUUAUGCCAGUAACAGUGUGGUUCUCCAUUUGGAGCCAGGAGAUGAAGUCUACAUCAAACUAGAUGGCGGGAAAGCACACGGAGGAAAUAACAACAAAUACAGCACAUUUUCUGGAUUUAUUAUUUAUGCGGACUGAUAACGCAGAAACUAAGCUUAUUAUUCUGAGUUUGGACACUGGAUUCGUAUGGCUGACGUCACUGAAUCAAGGAUCCCAGGGGAUGCCGGUUGCGGGGCACCUCAGUUGUGUAUAUGUGGGGAAUUCAAAUGCUACCUGACUCACAUCUGUAUACUCAGAAACAUUCUGUAAAAAAAAAAAAAAAAAAAAAAAUUAAAAGCAAGAUAAGCAGAUGUGUUAUCCAUUACCGCCAAAGCAAAUUCUCCUCCUUAUUGUUAGUGUCCAUGUGAAUGAAGUCCUAUAUAGAUCACAAAUUUUUAUAGAAAAAUCUAAGACACUGAAUUAUUUCUCCAAUAUCUAUGAUACUUUGGUGUUCUGUGACCCUGCUGCUUUGAUCCAUAUAUCAGCUUUGGUUCUUGUGAGUUUACCUGCUUCUGAUGAUACUUGGAGUCCAUUCAUAGUGUGGGGAGAAUGAUCUUACCCUGCAGGAGAAGGUCUAAUUGAAAUAAUGCUGCUUGUCCCCAAAGAAAUUGUUUGCCUUGUACUUUUGUUAACUUUAGAGCUAGUCCUGGGAAUGAUUCAACUUCAAGCCUUAACCUGGAAUUUUCUGGAUUUGAGGGAAUUCCCAAGCCUAUGAUCAUUUUCACAUUUCCUUUUUCUUGUGAAUUUUCUUUUCUCUCCUUUCUGGUGAUUAUCUUUUAAAAAUGGAGAUCGAAAUUGUAUCAUAGGAUUACCCUCUAAGUGUGCAAACGUGUAAUUAUGUGUGGUAUUUAGAAAAUCCCCUGUGUGUCCAUUUUGUCAAUAGAAUGCGUUUAGAUUUACUUAGAAAGUCAGAGAAAUUUAUUCUUUGGUGUUAAAUCAGACUGAGGCUUUUGCUUUCUUUGGAACAAAAGAUUAUUCAUAAACCCAAUGCACAAAGGUUUAAUUUGAGCUACUGCAUGGGUCACCAAGGGGACACUAAGUAAGGCCUUCAAAUAGUUACUACAAGUCCUGGCCUGAGGUUAUUUCAAAAUGAAUAAUUUCACGUAUAACCAAUAUGACAACAAAGUGUAUAUAUUUUAUACCAGUAUCUGCUACAAAUACAUGUAUUUGUGUGUACACGCACACACAUAUGUUAGAGGAAAUAUAUAUAUGGCUUCAGACCAUAGUCACAGUGGCUGUAUAGCCUCAAAAACUUAAUUAAAAAAAGUAUGUGUAUAUAUACACACAAACACGCAAAAAUUAUUUGACUUAUUUUGGAUCGAAAUAUAUUUUGGAUUACAAAAGUGUAUGGAAUAGCAAAACAAUUGAAAUGGCUUCUCUUUUACGAGCUACCCAGAAACGUAAAGUUUAUUAGGUUAAAAUGCCCUAUACGUCACAUGUCUGUAAAUUAAGCCUACGGCUUCUUUAUUACCAUAUGCCAAUCAAUAUUCCCACCGCAUUCUGUGUCAGACUGUUAAUAUUAGGACUGCAGAAACGGGUGGCUCUUUUUUGCAAUGUCUAUGAAUUAUAUGCAUUUGAAUGAUCACUUUUUUCUUUUUUCUCAGGUGGAUUAAAGCUGACAGUAAAGUAGA